AUGGAGAAAAAUCCCCCGCCGGCGCGAUCGCUGUCGAGAAGAUCCUCUAGUUCAACUGCCCGUGCGAGAAUUGUUCUAGAGUUGAAGCGACUGGACGACGAAAGAGCUCUGCAGGAGAAGGCGGCCGAGGAAAAGGUCAUGCGGGAGAAGGAGUACCUGGCGAAGAAGUACGACCUCAUGCAGGCUCAGCUGGAGGAGGAAGAAGAAGGCAGCGCAAGAAGUCGUCGCUCGAUGUCGAGUAUCCUAAAGGUUGAGCAGUGGCUGCAAAACGAUCCCGUCACGAAUUCAUGCCCUGGCAUCGGGUACAGUGAAAUCCCCGCCGGCGUCGAAUCACGAACAGGGACAGUUCCAAAGCAGCCAAAACCAUCGGCAUCUUCGGCAGCCGCUGCGAUUUCAACACCGAAGUCCGGUCAGGAUCCGUUGGACUGGAGUCUGACGUGGGAUGAGCCCGUCGGUUCCCAACCUCCAGCGAAAGGGAAAUACGCAGUGAAUUUGCAGGAGAUUCAGCGGAAGUUUCGUGGUGUACAGCUCUGUCCGCCGAAGCCUAAUCAGCAGCCCGUGGGCCCAUCACCAUUAAUCCAAUCGAUGGGCGGAAAUCAACCGAUCACCGGUCCGGGAUCCGGUCAGGUUCCGACUACAACGUCAGCGGUAACAAGUGGUCCGCAACCGUGUCAGGUAGCGUUGGAUCACACCGCCUACCACACCGGUCAGUCGUCCGGCCUCGAAGCACUACCCACCGAGAAUCAAGCACCCGUAGCAGUUACUCCGGUAAGUCAAUCGUGCUCUGAUUAUACGUUACCACAAGUAAGAACAAACACUGUGACGUUCAAAGUGCCAAAGCUUUCUUCAUUGAUUGAACAUACUCCCAAUGUCGUAACCGAACCAUGCAAGGCCUCCCUACCUCUUCGGAACGACACAUUAACGUUCCACCCAAUAUACAAAAGUACACCCUAUGUCCGCCCCGAAAUAGCCCCCUCCGUGCACUUCGCUGGUUAUCCAAUCACGUCGUCUUCUGGUUUGCCAACAUUUGCCCCUGUACGUACCGUUUCUAGCAAUCCGCUACCAGCAGUGUCAUCAAUCGCCGUCGAUAGCGGCCGUCCGAUUCCGAUUCCGCCGUCCGACUCAACUUCUGCUCACGUCCAGACAGCUGUUCCUUGGAUUAACGCUCCGACAUCACAACAACUCGCUGCCAGACACAUCGUUCCCAAAGAACUUCCAAUCUUUUCGGGCGAUCCUGUCGAGUGGCCGUUGUUUGUGAGCUGUUACCAAAACACGACACAGUUAUGCGGCUUCUCCAAUGGCGAAAAUUUGAUGCGUUUACAGCGGAGCCUUAAGGGCAACGCACUAGAAGCAGUGCGAAGUUUGCUCCUGGAACCAUCUUCGGUCCCGUUGAUCAUUUCCACCCUGCAGACGCUUUUUGGACGACCCGAUUUGAUCAUCAACUCCCUGAUACACAAGGUUCGUGCGACUCCGUCUCCGAAACUGGAUAAGUUGGAAUCGUUAAUAUCCUUCGGCUUGGCGUGUCAAAACCUUUGCGGACAUCUUCGUGCAGCGGGGCAGCAGGCACACUUUUCCAAUCCGGCUUUGCUUCAGGAGCUAGUGAACAAACUGCCAGCAAACAUCAAGCUUGAUUGGGCCCUUUUCAAACAAAAGUGCCCUGUGGUCGAUCUCGGUACAUUCGGCGACUACAUGUCGCAACUAGUAGUAGCUGCAAGUGACGUUGCUCCAUUUCAACCGUCCGAAGAAACUUGCAGUCCAUCCGAAAAACGUAAAAGUAAGGAGAGACUGUUUCUGAAUGCACAUUCGUCUGGUAUUCCGCCAAACGACAGUGAUAGACGACAUCAUACCAGCCAGACCGGAAGCAAGCAACCAAAGCCGUGUCCAAUGUGCGAGAAGUCAGGACACAAAGUGCGAGAAUGCGAAGCUUUCAAGAAAUGCAGCUUGGAGGACCGUUGGAAGCGCACCCAGGAUCACCACCUAUGUCGGCGGUGCUUAAUAGCACACGGAAAGUUUCCAUGCAAGGCUUCGUUGUGCGGCGUGGAUGGUUGCGAAGAGCGACACCAUAAACUAUUGCACCCAGGGAAGCCUGAUCCAGUAUCGUCAUCGGAGUCUUUGCAAGCUAUUGAAUCACUCAGCAUCCACUGCGAACGUAAGAUGCCUACACUUUUCCGUAUAAUACCAGUUACGCUGUUCGCUAACGAGAAAACGAUCAACACCUUCGCGUUCCUAGAUGAAGGGUCAUCUUCCACGUUGAUUGAAGCCCGUGUAGCGCGUGAGCUAGGAGUAAAAGGUGAGGUGUACUCGCUUUGCCUGCAGUGGACGGGCGACGUCGAGCGUUCUGAAGACAAAUCCGAAUUGAUUCGACUAGAAAUCUCGGGCCGUGGAUCUCCGAAACGACAUGUGUUGAAAUCAGCACACACGGUAGAAAAGUUAUGUCUACCUAAACAAACUCUGCAGUUCAAACAGCUCUCUGAACAAUUCCCGUACCUUCGAGGCCUGCCUAUUGAAGGAUACAGCAACGCCACUCCAACUGUUCUCAUUGGUGUGGAUAACGCACACUUGAAAAUUCCUCUGAAAAUCCGGGAAGGCCAGAUCGGUCAACCAGUGGCUACGAAAACUAGACUGGGGUGGACGGUAUAUGGUGAAAUCCCUGGUGAAGCUCCUUCGAAAGAGCAUUGCCAGUACCAUAUGUGUGAGGCAAAGCGAAGUCCUGACGACGAGUUACACGAUCUGGUGAAAGAGUUUUUCUCGGUAGAAAACGUAGGAGUUGCCGUCACUCCGGUUCUAAAAGGUUCAGAUGAGAUACGCUCAAGGAAAAUCCUCGAGGACACGACUGUGCGUCUACCUUCCGGGCGGUUCCAGACAGGGCUGCUCUGGAAAUACGACCAUAUUGAGUUUCCGGACAGCAAGCCUAUGGCAGUGCAUCGACUGAAAUCCUUGGAACGGCGUUUGUUGCGGAAUCCUGAGCUCUUCGAGAAUCUAAAACAGCAGAUAGUUGAGUACGUGAAGAAAGGCUAUGCCCACAAAAUCACGCAGGAAGAGAUCGCCAACUCAGAUCCCGAGAGAACAUGGUAUCUGCCCUUGGGAGUAGUGGUUCACCCCAAAAAGCCUGAAAAAGUGAGGAUUGUUUGGGACGCCGCGGCAGCGGUACAGGGUCAAUCGCUCAAUGCUGCUCUGCUAGCAGGACCAGAUCUGCUGACUUCCCUUCCCUCGGUUCUAUCCAGAUAUCGGCAGCGUCAGGUUGCGAUCAGUGGGGAUAUUAGACAAAUGUUUCACCAGUUUCAGAUCAGACCUGAAGAUAAGCAAUCUCAGCGGUUCCUUUUUCGAAGUGAUGUCUCCAAGACGCCGGACACGUACGUCAUGGACGUUGCAACCUUUGGUGUAACCUGCUCGCCCUCCGCUGCACAGUACAUCAAGAAUCGGAACGCUAAGGAUUUCGAGUCCGAAUAUCCCGAAGCUGCUGCCGCUAUCAUUCACAAUCACUAUGUGGACGACUAUUUGGAUAGUCUGGAUACCAUCGAAGAGGCAAUCGACUUUGCGCUACAGGUGAAGGAGGUCCACGCAAAGGCUGGGUUCCACAUACGGAACUGGAUGUCCAGUUCGAAAGAGGUUCUCUCACGGGUCGGGGACACCGCAGAGGAACAAAUAAAGAGCUUCAGGAUCCACACUUCUUCGACUUCAGAACGCGUCCUUGGGAUGAACUGGAUUCCUGAUGCGGAUGAGUUCGCCUUUACUGGUCUUUUUCGCGAUGAACUGAUGCCACUGCUACACGGAGAUGUCAUUCCAACCAAAAGGCAACUCCUCCAGGUUGUAAUGAGCGUUUUCGAUUCACUUGGUCUGGUAUCACUCGUCAUAGUUCAUGGAAAAAUCCUAAUCCAGAACGUUUGGCGGGCCAACAUCGAGUGGGACGGUAAAUUAACUUCGGAUUUGUUCAUCGAAUGGCGUAGGUGGAUUGACCUAUUAGGACAGUUGGAUGCAAUACGUAUUCCGCGGUGUUAUUUCCCGGGAUAUUUUGUGGAUAGCUUCAAUACUCUGGAGUUGCACAUAUUUGUUGACGCCAGCGAGGAAGCAUAUGUAGCGGCUGCAUAUUUCCGGAUAGUGGACAACUCUCAAAUACGUUGCGUUCUAGUAUCCUCGAAAACGAAAGUGGCACCGCUUAAACCCUUGUCAGUUCCUCGCCUUGAACUACAGGCAGCAUUAUUAGGAGCUAGACUAUCAAAAUCUGUCACAGAGAAUCAUACUCUACAAAUAGUGCAACGUUUCUUUUGGAGCGAUUCGACCACCGUCCUUGCCUGGCUACAAUCAGACCAACGCAAAUACCGGCAAUUUGUGGCGUGUCGGGUGUCUGAAAUCUUGGACUCAACGAAGGUGGAUGAAUGGCGAUACGUUCCUUCAAAACUGAACGUCGCUGAUGACGCGACCAAGUGGAAAGAAGGGCUUCAGCUCAACAAUAAUCACCGCUGGUUCCAGGGACCGAGCUUUCUGUACGACCCCCCACACAUGUGGCCGAAACCGAAAGAGAUUCCUCGUCUAGUCAUGGAAGAACUUCGGACUGUUCACGUACAUCAAGGGAUCCUGAAGGAGCCGUUGGUACAAUUUUCUCGUUUUUCGAAAUGGGAGCGCUGUCUGCGUGCGGUUGCCUUUGUGCAUCGGUUCAUCGACCAACUGAAACAUAGAAUGCGGCGUGAACCAACCAACGUGUCAUCCUUUCUCACCCGCGACGAACUUCAGCGAGCGGAAAUCACGAUUCUGCUACAGGCACAAUUCGAUGUUUUCGCUGACGAGAUUAUUAUGAUGCAGAACAACCAGACGCUACCGCUGGACCAACGUCGACGUCUCGAGAAAACGAGCCCACUUUACAAGCUGUCUCCCUUUUUGGACAAUCGUGGAGUAAUACGGAUGGAAAGCCGAAUCGCCAGUUUCUCGGACGCGCCCUUCGAUUUCAAGUUCCCGAUAGUGUUGCCGAAAAAUCACUACGUCAGUCAACUCAUCGUCGACGAUUACCAUCGGCGAUACAAUCAUUGCAACGGAGAGACAACGGUAAACGAAAUGCGGCAGAGAUUUCAUCUCUCGGAGAUGAGAGCGGCGUUCCGGAAAUCCCGGAAAGUUUGUUCCUGGUGCCGGGUUUACAAGGCUAUACCAUCAGUCCCGAGAAUGGCACCGCUGCCAGAAGCACGGGUCACUCCGUACGUGAGGCCUUUCAAAUUUGUCGGACUGGACUACUUUGGUCCAAUGUUGGUCGUUCAGGGCCGACACGUAGUGAAGCGAUGGGUUGCCCUCUUCACCUGUUUGGCCAUCAGGGCAGUCCACCUGGAGCUCGUUUCCGGCUUAUCUACGGAGUGCUGCAAGAUGGCUAUACGGCGUUUCAUAGCACGGAGGGGGGCACCUUCGGAGAUAUACAGCGAUAGGGGGACUAAUUUCGUUGGAGUCAGCGGUGAAUUACGAGAACAGAUUCGAGGAAUCAACAACGAUUUGGCUUCUGUAUUUACCAACACUGUUACUCAAUGGCGUUUCAAUCCACCGGCGGCACCGCAUAUGGGGGGUGCCUGGGAGCGCAUGGUUCGGUCGGUAAAAUGUGCUUUGGCUGGGUUAUCUGCCGAACGCAAGCCGAAUGAAGAAACUUUGGUAACUCUACUGGCCGAAGCAGAGUAUGUGGUAAAUUCGAGGCCGUUGACCUACAUGCCGCUAGAAACUGCGGAGCACGAGGCACUAACGCCAAACUGCUUCCUCCUUCUGAGCACAAGCGGUGUGAAUCAACCUCCAUCUCAACUUUCCGAUGAAAAGGUUGCUCUUAGAUCCAGCUGGACUUUGUACCAACAACUGUUGGACCAGUUCUGGGUUCGCUGGAUAAAGGAAUAUCUGCCUACCAUCACUAAACGAACCAAAUGGUUCGUAGAUUCCAAACCGGUCUCAGCCGGUGACUUGGUGAUGAUAGUAGAAGACCGACUGCGAAACGGAUGGAUCAGAGGACGGGUUCUCCGUGUAUUCCCUGGACGUGACGGAAGAUGUCGUAGCGCCAAUGUGAAAACUUCAACAGGAGUUCUGCGACGUCCGGUGGCUAAACUGGCCGUCCUGGAAGUAGAAGAUACCGCUCGUGGGGGCACGGAGCAAUACGGGUCGGGGAAUGUUCAGGAUGGUGCCGUAUCACCCCGAUUUCUCCCCCAGGAGAGCGAGCUGACAUGUGAUGGGAGAGAAACGACGACUAGAAAGAACGACGACCUCGUAGCCGAUCAGUAG